GCGCAGGAUGUUGCUGUCAGUGCCAUAGCAACAGGAGAGGAGAACAGACGCGACCAUGGCCAAAGCCAUGACUGUGAAAGACGCGCUGGGCAAAUGGGAAGAGAAGUCUGGGGAGAAACGGAGCGAGGCGACAGCCGUCAAACUGUACGGUCAGAUUCCUCCUAUAGAGAAGAUGGACGCGUCGCUCUCCGCGCUGACAAACUGCGAGAAACUCUCCCUAUCCACAAACUGCAUCGAGAAGAUAACGAACCUCAACGGCCUGAAGAACCUGAAGAUUUUGUCUUUAGGGAGGAACAACAUCAAGUCGCUCGCUGGGCUGGAGGCUGUAGGUGACACAUUGGAGGAGCUGUGGAUCUCUUUUAACCAGAUAGAGAAGCUGAAGGGAAUCCACUGGCUGAAGAACCUGAAGGUCCUCUACAUGUCCAACAACCUGGUCAAAGACUGGGGAGAGUUCGUGAGGCUGGCGGAGCUGCCGUGCCUCGUUGACCUCGUGUUCGUUGGAAAUCCUCUGGAGGAGAAGCACUCGGCCGAGGGCACGUGGAUGGACGAGGCCACGAAGAGACUCCCUAAGCUGAAGAAACUGGACGGAACUCCAGUCAUCAAGCAGGAAGUGGAGGAAGAAGGAGAGAGCUGAGGCGUGACCCCUGCGUUCCCUCGGAGUCUUCCUCUUUUUGAGUUUUCUGUGGUUUGUUAUGGUGCUUUCCUUUGUAUGAACCAUUUUUUAUGACAGCACACACUUUGUUGGAGAUCAACAAGCACAAAAAAAAAAAAUAAUCAAGAAUGUGUUUUAGAGUUUUUAAAAGCUUUUUUCCUAAAAGCUACUUUUAGCCUUUUACUGACAGACUUAAAACUUGUUAACUUAAAAUCAACUGUGAUGGUUCAGGAGCAUCAGAUUUGUUUUUAAAGCACAGACUGUUACCGUUACAUCACCGUGCACAGAGCAGCUGCAUUAUGGUACGAUUUACAUCACACUGGACCAAAACCAGCUUUAAAUCCUGCAGCGAGGAAAACGUAUGAAAACUAAUGUCAGCACCUGUUUGAGUAAUAAUACCAAACUAAACACUGGAAGAACCGCUACUGGUCAAAUAGAUGAGUGUUGCAUUUUAAUGAGUGCUGCUCCCUGCAGAGCCUAAUCCAGCUCCACCUCCCUGCACAUCAGAGAAGAGGGGUGGGGCUUCAGUGCCGCCUGCUUUUCAUCAGUUACUGUAUGUGAUCUAUGAAAAGCUGGAUCAAUGCAGCCCUUUAGUGCCUAACCUUAAUCACUGAACCUGCCACCUCUUUAACCUGCUAAUGUGGAGGCUGGAGAAAUGACACGUGGGGCCAAUGCAUCAAACGACACCAGUGUGGGAGUCUGAAUCAGGUGAAGCUCCACCCACUGGCUCUGGAGUGGUCAGCCUCUCAAACAUAUCGAUCACACAUAAAUAGUCCAGCCAAUAGCUGCGUUCUGCCGUGCGCUGAAAUCAGCUGACCUCUCAGGUGGCGUCUGAUGGGAAAUGAAGGGAACAUCUCCAUCUGAGCUCUGCAGCUACCUUCGGUCCUCCGCUCGGUUCCUCUGAGAUCUUUGUGUCUGCAGCCGAGUUCGUGUCGCGUCACCAGAUAAACUGCUCGUUCAGACGUGACGCCGCCGUUAAUGCACACGUCAUUAACCACCGGUCUCUGUAAACUCACACGUUAUAAAUUAUUUCAUAUUUGUACAUUAUUGUGGUUGUUAAAUGUUUAUGAUUUGAAAUUAUCUAAAUAAAUACUGUUUUGUAAUCAA